GUCUCCCUCAUCUGGUGCCCCCGGAAAUGGGCAAGGUGCUCCAGCUCGAUGAGGUCACUCUCGUCCUCCUCCAGGGGAAGCCAAGUGCCGUCGACGAACCACUGACCCCUCAUCACAGGAAUACAGUCCUGCUCUGUGGACAUACAGAGGGGUUACACUGUGGUUAUGGUGAUGUCGGUCCAACUCUAUUGAAUGGGCAGUAUCAGAUGCUCUAUCUGUGCUCUGAAGGGUUUGGGACUGUUAUGGCAGCCAUAUUGAAUAGAACUGGGGAUCAGUGUGAUAUAAUCAGGAUUAACAAGACAAACAGUGAGGGAGAGAAGAAUCAUCUAUAGUGAUAAGAAUAGGCUACUCACGGUUCCAGUAGACGGGGUAACAUUCCUUCUCUUUGACGUCCACUUCGUAGAGACCACCUCUGACGCAAACAGCCUCAACGUUGACACUUAUGGAAUCCAGGUCGAGUUCAUCUUUCUCGCAUUCUCUGUCCCUCUCCACCCUCUGCGUCCCCUGUCGCCGGCUCCGCUUGGACAGCUCCCCCCUCCGCCACAUCUUCCGGUUUGGGCUCGGAACCCGUGGACGACACACUGGCAUCCUCUGGUUCGGUGGUGGGACUCCGACAUUUGACCUUGCAGGGAUUUAGUUCACAUAAUUUGCGGUAAAUGACUUCAAUUUUCAAAGAGUCGUGUCCAACAAAUGGCUUCCAGGUUCUCUUGUCCUCUUUGUAGAACCAUCGCACUUCCUCUGGUCCCAACUCGGUGACUACCUCCCCGCGGUGCCUGGAACUGGUGGAGCGGUUACGUUUCUUUAUAGUCACAUUCCCAUCACUUUCGGUGUAGUUCAGGUCGUUUGUGAUAUCCAAGUAUUCUGUCCCUGAGUCUGGGAGAGGGUGAUAGCCCGAGUAAGCUUCCUCCACUAGGCCCAAUAUCAUGCCGUCCUGAGAUAAACGGUGAUCGCCUAGCAGCAGCGGAGGCAGGUGUAUUUCCAAGCCGGACUGGACCGAGUCCAUCUCCCCGUGUAUAUUCUCUCCCAUCGGGUCCUCGUAGCAGGUCACAAACACAUCAUUGGCCAUAUCCCAGUCAUUGCUGCUCACGGAAUUAUUAUCCGAGCUCAGUUGACGGGAGGUCGACUUAAUGUCCUUAAAAUUGCUCAUGACUUGACAAUAAAAAAGCAGCCUAUUGCCUAAAUAAACAAUAUAGCCUAGCCUACGUCCUCAACCUCAUUUCUCUGUGCCUUUUGCUUACCUAAUGGACUGUCAUUGAUAGGUCGGGGACUAACGGUUUCAAAACCUUCUCCUUGCCUACCGCAAAUGCCACAAUCUGUGCGCAGGUUCAUCCACUCUCUCCCAGAAAUAGGCUACCGAAAUUGAGACUUCUUGAAAUGAUUGAUAGAUAGCACAUUUUGUUCCUGACAGUAGAUCUAUCUGUUCACCUAUUCCAUUCGCAUGGCUAUCUGCGGUUUGCUUAUUACAGAUGGUCGGCUACGUGCUCCUCCCAAAUGCGCGAAAAAAUGCGCAUCAGGGCAUGUGCACGGGACACCGUAGUGACGGAAGUGCCUGCUAUGGAGGAUACGAAUGUCUUUUUUAUCCACGGGUUUGAUCAUAAAUCGGUUUAUUUAUCGUUAGCCAGAUUAAAAAUGGCAGCCGUGUUUCUAGUUAUGUUGUAUGAAUAUUCUCCUUUAUUUUACAUUAGUGUCAUAUCCUUAUGUUUCGUUGUUACCGCCGCCAUGGUCCUCGGCUGGUAGGUUCAUGAAAUUGCCUUGACAACAACAUUAGGCUAUUAUUAUUGAAUGAAGGGCUUAUUUUAGCCUAAACAUAACGUUGCUAGCUAUCUGUCGUAUCUGUGCCUACAUUUAGAAGUCAGUCAUGUUUAUAUUGUGUUCAGUAAAGCCCAAUUCCUCCUCUCUUUCGCUGUAAUAAAGAUGGCAAAAGGCGUUGAUCAUUUGACAGCACACCAUUAUUGCUACAUUGACACCUCACGUGACAACAUACAGUGAUACAAUAUUUGGCACGCGCGAAAAUGAAACAUUGUAGCGUUGGAUAAACAUGGCACUCGAGAAACUGAAACAUAGUAACAUUGCCUCUGAAGUUUACUGUAAUGUUCACUUUUCUGCACGGUUGUCUACUCGUUUUAUGGUGGUUGGCAAAAGUUAAUUUUUUUAUGUUCCACACAAAUUGUCAUACUUUUCAUAAGGUAGGCUAUUAGAGAGCUUUAUUUAAAAUCAGAAAUGGGACAAUAUAAACUUUUAUAAAAAUUGGUGUGCGUGCAAUAUCAAAUUGUCAAGUUGUUAUAUAGGCUACUUCAACAAUCUUGUCUGAUCUCUUAUACACACACAACAUAAUGGAAUAUCUCCAUUCAAAUGUUCUGUGCUGCUCCACCUCGUCCCCCAUAGGUUUGGUUUCGAUGUCCCAGUGAUUCUUCGUAGCUCUGAUGAGACUGAGUCAGUCUUGCCUGUCCCAGAGAAGAGGAUGGUUCAGGUGACCAACCCCUUUGCCCUGGAGAUGGGGUCCUCCGGGGUGGCCUCUGUGACUGGUAAGAGAGCAUGCAAUGACAGUUAUACUGCAACACACCACACAUAGGGCCAGUUUCCUGGACCCAGAUUAAGCCUCCAGGGCCAAAAAGCUAUUUCAAUGGACAUUCGGGGAAAACCGGCCCAUAUAGCAUAGUGUUAUAUUAGGUCUAUGCCACAUACUAUGUUAUAGGUGUGCCGCCAUGAAUUAUAUAUAAAUAUAGAUUUUAUUGCAUAUUAUAAACUGGGUGGUUUGGGUCCUGGAUGCUGAUUGGCUGAAACAGAAAUACUUGUUUACUGUUGUAUUUAUGGUGGUAACCAGUUUAUAAUAGCAUUAAGGCACCUCAGGGGGUUGUGAUAUAUGGCCAAUAUACCACUGCUAAGGGCUGUAUCCAGGCAUUCCACUUCCCGUCCUGCAUAAGUACAGCCCUUAGCCGUGGUAUAUUUAAGCAAUAAGGCCCGAGGGGGUGUGGUAUAUGGCCAGUAUACCACGGCUAAGGGCUGUUCUUAUGCACGACGUAACGCGGAGUGCCUGGAUACAGCCCUUAGCCGUGGUAUAUUGGCCAUAUACCACAAACUCCAGAGGUGCCUUAUUGCUAUUAUAAACUGGUUACCAACAUAAUUAGAGCAGUAAAAAUAAAUGUUUUGUCAUACCCGUGGUAUACGGUCUGAUAUACUGUACCACGGCUGUCAGCCAAUCAGCAUUCAGGGCUCAAACCACCCAGUAUACCACACCCCGUCGGGCCUUAUUGCCUAAAUAUAAAGGAACCUCAACCUAUAUAUGUGGCCCAGGUGCCUUACAUUUACAUUUACAUUUACGUCAUUUAGCAGACGCUCUUAUCCAGAGCGACUUACAUGAGCAAUUAGGGUUUAGUGCCUUGCUCAAGGGCACAUCGACAGAUUUUUCACCUAGUCGGCGCGGGGAUUAGAACCAGCGACCUUUCGGUUACUGGCACAACGCUCUUAACCACUAAGCUACCUGCCGCCUUAUUGCUUAAAUAUACCACAUUUUCUUUUUGAAUGGUUAACCAGGGAAUUCUACUACUACUACUGUAUCCAUGGCAAUUUCCCCAACCCCAUCUGACUGCCACUUUUAAUCAUUCUUUAUUUUCCUCCUUCCAGAGGGUGUGUCCCUGCGUCCAUGCUGCCUGGAGUCCUGUGUGCUGAGCUGUUACUGGGGUUGUGGUGUCCAUGCCCUCCAGGGGGCGCUACAGACCCACCAACAUGGCCCCAGCAGGCUCAGCACACCACAACAGUUCCAGGAAGCCCUGCACUUCCAGUACCACCACUGCCAAAGCUUCCAGUAUCCUUCUCUGGGGCCAUAAUCUGAGUCAUUGUUGCUUCCUUAGUUUAGUAUUAGUAGUACAUGUUUUGUGCAUGUGAUGGUCCUAUUUGAUAUUCGGGUUGUAGAAUAUAUAAUUUUCUCAUGUUAUGUUUAUCCUUUAUUAUAUAUUGCAAGUUUCAUUGAUGUUUUAUGAUAUAUCAUGAUAUUUAAUCAUCGUGAUAUUUAGAUGUAACACUAAGAUUGAGGAUGGAGUACAUGCAAGGCAAAGGAUAGAUCUCUUUCAGUUCAGUUUCAUCAUGUAUUUCACCCGUUAACCAAAGCCUCAGCAUCGGUGGAGAGGACGGAGAGGAGCAUUAUACCGAGAUGCCAGCCGAACUGAGGAUCACAGAUUUUGGUCUUUUGCCACGGGAACGCUACCCCCUGGUGGCUCUCCUCACACUGGCCGAGCCUGAAGCCAGGGACACAUACAAUAUUGUGAGUUUGACUGUCAUGGUAACACUUGGAACAUGUGUCCAUAAAAUGUAUAUAGUAUGUAUAAGUUGGAAGUAGAAGCCUAAGUGUUGUUGUCCAUUGUUUACUCAAAGUAGGGGAGGGAUGGUAGGGGUAGGGAAUAUAUACAGAACCAGUCAAAAGUUUGGACACACCUACUCAUUCAAGGGUUUUUCUUUAUUUUUACUAUUUUCUACAUUGUAGAAUAAUAGUGAAGACAUCAAAACUAUGAAUUAACACAUAAGGAAUCAUGUAGUGUUAAACAAAUCUUAGAUUUGUCAAAAUAGCCACCCUUUGCCUUGAUGACAGAUUUGCACACUCUUGGCAUUCUCUCAACCAGCUUAAUGAGGAAUGCUUUUUCAACAGUCUUGAAGGAGUUCCCACAUAUGCUGAGCACUUGUUGGCUGCUUUUCCUUCACUCUGCGGUCCGACUCAUCCCAAACCAUCUCAAUUGGGUUGAGGUAGGGUGAUUUUGGAGGCCAGGUCAUCUGAUGCAGCACUCCAUCACUCUCCUUGGUCAAAUAGCCCUUACACAGCCUGGAGGUGUGUUUUGGGUCAUUGUCCUGUUGAAAAACAAAUGAUAGUCCCACUAAGCGCAAACCAGAUGGGAUGGCGUAUCACUGCAGAAUGCUGUGGUAGCCAUGCUGGUUAAGUGUGCCUUUAAUUCUAAAUAAAUCACUGACAGUGUCACCAGCAAAGCACCCCCACACUAUCACACCACCUCCUCCAUGCUUCACGGUGGUAACGACACAUGCAGAGAUCAUCCGUUCACCUACUCUGCAUCUCACAUAGACACGGCAGUUGGAACCAAAAAUCUCAAAUUUGGACUCAUCAGACCAAAAGACAGAUUUCCACCGGUCUAAUGUCCAUUGCUCGUGUUUCUUGGCCCAAGCAAGUCUCUUCUUAUUAUUGGUGUCCUUUAGUAGUGGUUUCUUUGCAGCAAUUUGACCAUGAAGGCCUGAUUCACGCAGUCUCAUCUGAACAGUUGAUGUUGAGAUGUGUCUGUUACUUGAACUCUGUGAAGUAUUUAUUUGGACUGCAAUCUGAGAUGCAGUUAACUCUAAUGAAUUUAUCCUCUGCAGCAGAGGUAACUCUGGGUCUUCCUUUCAUGUGGCGGUCCUCAUGAGAGCAAGUUUCAUCAUAGCGCUUGAUGGUUUUUGCGACUGCACUUGAAGAAACCUUCAAAGUUCUUGACAUUUUCCAGAUUGGCUGACCUUCAUGUCUUAAAGUAAUGAUGGACUGUAAUUUCUCUUUGCUUAUUUGAGCUGUUCUUGCCAUAAUAUGGACUUGGUCUUUUCCCAAAUAGGGCUAUCUUCUGUAUACCACCCCUACCUUGUCACAACACAAAUUAUUGGCUCAAACGAAUUAAGGAAAGAAAUUCCACAAAUUAAGUUUUAACAAGGCACACCUGUUAAUUGAAAUGCAUUCCAGGUGACUACCUCGUGAAGCUGGUUGAGAGAAUGCCAAGAGUGUACAAAGCUGACAUCAAGGCAAAGGGUGGCUACUUUGUAGUAUCUCAAAUCUCAAAUAUAUUUGAUUUGUUUAACACUUUUUUGGUUAUUUCAUAGUUUUGAUGUCUUCACUCUAAUUCUACAAUGUAGAAAAUAGUAAAAAAUAAAGAAAAACCCUUGAAUUAGUAUGUGUGUCCAAACUUUUGACUGGUACUGUAUAUACAAUAUAUAUAUAUAUAUAUAUUCUUACCCCAAAAAAAUAUGGGGGAUUGGAAAUGAUGCAGACAAUUACAUUGAUGGAAGCCACUAUCUAUCUGCAAUAAUAAAGCUGAUCUACUCCCUAAAAACAAAAACACUUGGAACAUCGUCAUAUGGGGCCAGUUUCGUGGACACAGAUUAUACCUAGUCCUGGGGGUAAAGAACAUGCUCAAUGGAGAAUUCCCACUGAAAGUGCUUUUUAUUCCAGGACUAAUCUGUGUCCCGGAAACCGUCCAAUCACUUCAAUGUGUAUAAACCUAAGGAUAACGAUGCAAUCCACACCCGGUACAAGGUGUGCUCAGUAAGUUUAAAGGUACCUUCUCUGCGUGGGUGUUGUCCUGGAUGUGACACUCAUUAUCCCUCAUGGUUCCUCUCUCUCAGGUCGCCAGUGUCACCGUGGUUCAUGUUCCAGAUGACAAAUACAGCCUGUCGGCACGGAUCCUAUUUCAAUAUCUCCUCACGGCACAAGGGAACAUGUAUGAGUUAAAGGUAUAGAUUUGUUUUUUUUAUUCAUCAUUUUUUUAUCCAGUCCCAUUGAAAUAAGAAUAUAUUUUUCUAUGGAGUGGGCAAGGGCUCAGUGAGAUUACAGUAGGCUAUCAUAACUUUUUUCAGAUCUUUGGUUGUGUUCCAUUAUCCAGACUAGCGUAACACUUAGAAUGCAGGCCAAUGCAUUGCUUCCUUCUUAGUGCUAUGCUAUUGUAGAUAUUGGAACAAAGUGUUGGCUGUUAAGAGCAAGUCUGAUGCUGGCAGUUGACAUUCUCAUAAAUGUUGUCUGUUUCCUUCUCCAGUCACUCUUUAUGUCAGCUGAGAGCAUGGGGUUGUCAGGGGCGACUGACCCCGCCCCUAGCACAGAGAUACCACCAGAACCACCUGGAAAGGAAGAAGAGGAGAAGAUGCCAGGAAUGGAAGAUGAAGAGGAGUGGUCAGAGGUGGGAAAAGCCAAAGACUGUGUGGUGUGUCAGAAUGCACCUGUUAACCGCGUCCUGCUACCCUGCAGACACGCCUGUGUGUGUGAUGGCUGUGUCCAUCGCUUCCAACACUGCCCCAUAUGCAGAGCUUUCGUAUUGGAGUCCUUUGCCCUGUCCCAGGAGCCCCCUAUGGAGGAGGAAGAUGAGGUAGAGGAAGAA